GCAGUAGUAGCACCCAGAAGUGAACAAAGCGACCCGGAAGCGUUGCUUGGACUGGAAGCAGGCAGAAAGAUCAUCCAGCCUUUUUAUUUUUUAUAUAUAUGAAAGCUGUACUCGCAAGACAAUACCUGCAGUCGGGACCAAAGGAUGGCAGAGCCUCGAUUUAACAACCCUUAUUUCUGGCCGCCACCGCCAUCAAUGCCUGGCCAGCUGGAUAAUCUGGUGCUAAUUAACAAGAUCAAGGAACAACUGAUGGCUGAGAAGAUAAGACCCCUGCACCUGCCACCUACCUCCACCCCAUCCCAGCAAAGUUUGCUGGUGCCAACCUCAUCCCCUGAUGGAGGCAGCUCCCAGCAUGGCAUGCCGGUUGCUAAGCAACAACCGCAACAGGUGCCGGGUCACCAUCCACAGCCACAGUCAGACAUCACUUUGCACGCCCGCUCAGGUUCCAGCUCCGGACCAGAUGGAAAUAUGGACGAUAAGCCGGUUGUGAAGGCCAAAGGAUUAUGGGAAGACUGGCACAUGAGACAAUUAAGUGAGCAGCAGGCCCGCACCAACCAUCGAUCAGGUCUGGCCCUAUCAUCCCGACCUGAAAGCCACAGCACUUCUGAGGCUCUCACCCCCACAACACCAACCUCCAGCAGCCAGAACCGCCUGGGUGGCGCCCCUUCUGUCAACAUCAUCUCUGGGCUAGCAAGUGGUCCUGGUAUGGAACACAUGAAGGUUGGAAGCUUGGCGGGACUAUUGGGACCCCCACCCAAAGCACCACGAGGACGAAAGAAGAUUAAAGCAGAGAACCCAUCAGGUCCUUUACUGGUGGUCCCCUACCCUAUUCUAGCAGACCAAGGCUGUGUCACAGUGGCACCCAAAGAGGGAAAAACAUACAGAUGCAAAGUUUGCCCACUUACCUUCUUGACCAAGUCAGAGAUGCAGAUGCACUCCAAGUCCCACACAGAGGCCAAACCACACAAGUGUCCCCACUGCUCCAAGACGUUUGCCAACGCUUCCUACUUAUCCCAGCACCUGCGUAUUCACCUGGGCAUUAAACCCUACCACUGCUCCUAUUGUGAGAACUCCUUCCGCCAGCUCUCCCAUCUUCAGCAGCACACCAGAAUCCACACUGGGGACAGGCCUUAUAAAUGUGCUCACCCUGGAUGUGAAAAGGCUUUUACCCAGCUGUCCAAUCUCCAGUCUCACCAGAGGCAGCACAAUAAAGACAAGCCGUACAAAUGUCCCAACUGCUACCGUGCCUACUCUGACUCUGCAUCAUUGCAGAUCCACCUGUCUGCACACGCCAUCAAAAAUGCCAAGGCCUACUGCUGUAGCAUGUGUGGCCGGGCAUACACCUCAGAGACCUACCUUAUGAAGCACAUGUCCAAACACACAGUGGUGGAGCACCUAGUGAGCCACCAGUCCCCCCAGAGGACUGAGUCCCCUAGUAUCCCCAUAAGGAUCUCCCUUAUCUAAGUUGCCUGGCACCCAAUAUCGGUUUCAUUAAGAGUCCAUGUUAGGCGUACGCCUCAUAUGCAUUGAUGGUCAUCUGCGUAAGGCUUACAUUAGCAUUAUGACAGCUGACGUAAGCAUUCAACGCUAUAGUUGAGAAUAGGGCGCUAUUUAGUGAAUGUAACAAUACAGCUAGAUGUUGUCCAGAGGACUGAGUGGCAAAGAAUGUCUUGCGUCAGAUUUAAUAAGCACUUUCGUAAGCUUCGUGUUAAGAACCUGCGUCAGUUUUUGUAAAGAGUCCUUUCAAAGAGCAGAGGAUUCUAUAUAAAGAGGGGCACAGAUGAAUUGGCCAUCAAACAUUUUUUUCUUCCUACUCAAUUAAAUAGGAUUCCCUAAAUAUGCCAGAUGAUCUGAGAUAUCAAUUGAUCAAGUUGUCAAAUGUAUGCUGGGUGUAUUCGGGAGACAUCCAAAGAGGAUCUUUAAGCACUUUUUUGGCCUCAUCGCUUUGGCUAACAGUUUUGAAAUCAUGUUUGGGAAAAUGCCAAAUGGCAUUAUCUGUGGCAGCUAGGAUCUGUGACUAUGUAGGAAAAAAAACAGGCUUUUCUGUUACUGUUUUUACUCGCAUGGUUGUGCAAGAACACGCUAACAGGGUCAUUGAAAUUUAAAGAGAGGCAAUCGUAGAAGACAAUGAAAGCAUAUUAAUGAUUGUAUUUUAUUGAUGUGAAGAGGGAAGGAAGCGUAAAGGAAAGCAAUGUUCUUACCCUCACCUAAAUCUUUUAAUCCCUAAUUGAUGGCACCUUAGGGAUCAUCGCAACACUGCUUUUAAAAAUGACCAGUCCUCGCUUCGCUUCCCUGCAAACUAGUGCCAUGUUGAAAGCCAAUCUUCUAAUAUCAAGCUUUAUUAUUAAGUAUUAGUUGCUGCACACUUAACUGGUGUCAGGUUUCAUCAGCCAUACGGACUUCCUCUAAUAAAAAAAAAAUAAAAAUAAAAACAGCAACUUAAUUUUACUUGAGUAGAAAACAUGAACUCUUCUCAUUGGACCAAAAUGUGAAGCAACUGAACAGCACUCAGUAUUUUAUCAUAUUAGUAAUCAAGUGCAGUAUAACCAUCUACAAUGAUUACAGUUUAUUGAAAAAGUGUUGAAUGCGUGUCACUAUUUCCAAAUUCUUGUAGUUUUGACUGGACACCUUUCUUGUAUUUUCAUUGUACUCUUAAACCUCCGAUGGUACUGAUAGGGUUUGCUGUUUUCUUUAGGGCAGUGGUCCCCAACCUUUUUUUCAGUGUAAUGUGGGCCCCUUUUUUUCCACGGACCGGCAAUGUGUGGCAGAAAAUUACAGCAAAUAUAAAAUAAUAUGACACAGUUAAAAACGAACAUUAAGUGCAAGGAAAAUGUAACACCAUGCGCUGGAUCAACCUUUUAUUGACAGCGACCUCUCCUAAAACUUGACGGAAAAUAUCCUUGGUAGGGAUUUCCCUUGGUCGCAGGCAUAAUGAGUCCUUCUCCAAUCGUGAAAGGUUUCUUGGCUUUAGCAAUACAGUUCGCCACGAGGUAUGAUGCGCUCAGUUUAUUCUCUUUUGUUGCCUAAUUUGUUAGCUUUUAGCCACAUAUUUUUCAGAAUGGACAUGGUUGUAGGCUCCUCUUCUGGCUCAGCAGGUGGACUUUCCCCGUAAAAAAGCUCUCAAAAGACGUUGCCGCCCGCAGCACACAGCAGCUAACGUUACUGUUUACAUUGACUGAUGUUGGUCUGUUGUAAGUGCGCAAACACCCCAAUAAUGGCGGCCAACCACUAGAUGGCGAUGAAGAUAAAUCUCUAAACUCAGAUUAGUCAAUAGAGUAGACAGGCAUCUUGAUGUGUCAAGAGGCACAGGCCAGAUAGCGGUCGUUAACAAAUUAUUUAUUAUUUCUCUGCGGCCUGGUAGCAAAUGGACCACAGACCGGUACCGGUGCCCGGCCCGGUUGUUGGGGAUCACUGCUUUAGGGCACUUGUGAAAAGGUGCUAUGGAGAGGAGUUAGCGAGAGAACCGUGAACAAUGUACAAAAAUGUACGGUUAAUAUAAUAGUCCAAGCUUAGACUUAAGUCACAAGCCUGAGCAACUUCGGACAUUAAAACCAACAACAAAUCCUGCCUCUUUAACUUAAUCCCUUUUGAGUUAAUGGGCAGAAUGUUCAUGUUGCUGUACUGUAUAACACAUUAUUCAUUUAUAAUCUAUUUUUAAAGGUUUCAUCAAUGUGUUUUGUUUGGAGAUGAAAAAAAACUAUUACCUUUGUAUGUUAUUAAUCAUCUUUUAUAUCAGUUAUUUUUUUAUGUAAGCCUUAACUGUUUUGUCAUCCCGUCACCAUUACUCUGUAUUGUGUUCUGCAGUAUUCAGUCCAGUAAACAUUUUCUUGUUCCCUCCCGCAUGGAGCUGUAAUCUGUAUGAUAACUGUUUAACCUAAGUUCUCUAUCGGAAAAUAUUGCGUAGAUUUAUUAAACCUUUUCCUGUCUUGCAUUGUGGGUUCAUAUACGGUUUCCUUACAACUAAAUAUGCACAACCAGGACUGAAAAGUUAACCCAUGGGUUAGCAAUGUUUAAAAUAAAAAAAAAUAAAUAAAAAAAAACUUUGUAUAUUUUUUUUCUUGUUUAAUAAAGAGACUGUUAUGAAUUCAGUGCAGU